AUGAAUGGUGAAAGUGUAAAUCGAAAGCAUCUACCUUCUUUAAAGCGUGGAGAGAAGUUUCAUGAGCUGUUCAAAAGUAUUCCCAAGAAUGAAGCUUUAGAAUAUUCUAAUACUUGUUUACUGAAUGAAAAUUCCAAAUACUAUCAAGGUAGAAUAUAUAUCAGUACAGAACAUAUUUGUUUCUUUACCAAAAGCUUCUUUGGGAAAGCAUCUAUUAUCAUUGAUUUCAAAAAUGUAAUUGCUAUCGAAGUAACUACCAAAAUUCUUUUACAACAUUGUCUCAAUAUCAUUACUUAUGAUAAAACAUACAGCUUUAGAGCUGUUUCAUUUAAGGAAGAUGCCUAUCCAGUGGCUCUUCAGCUCUGGCAGAAAGUCAUGGAGUUACCAGCUGGUACCAAAAGCAUCUUCCAAGCUGACUUCCCACGACCGGCCGAGAAAGUGGAGGAGAAGCACAUGUCUGAAGAAGAACAGAUAUACAAUGUGCCCAUUCGGCAGUUAUUAAAAGAGAUCACUAACCAAAGAAAGACACUUGAGUUCUACCAAACCUUAACUAACCAAAAGAUCGAGAUCAAAACGUACAUCAACCGCCGAACGAUUCAAUUUGACAACGAGUUUAUUGAUGAAAUCUACAAGGUAGGCAACAAUGCGCUUUCGAUUGACUACCAUUCAAAAGGUACUCUCUGCUGGAUUUAUCUUACGCCGAUCCACAAAGACCAGACAAAUGUACGAAUAAUUGAAAAAUACAACUACACCACCCAGCAUUAUUUUGCCUAUCUCCACGAAAUCAUUACUGAAACCAAACAAAAACCGGACAUAGUUGAUUUGGUCUUUUUGAUUUCCAUGGCUGUCUUGCUUGUGAUUAAGUUGAUUUGGUACAGCUGUUUUUAA